AUGGGCUUCGAUUGCGGGUUCGAUAUUUUUCCACGACUCGAGCUAAAUGUUGCGGAUAAACAGGCGUACGAGGAGUUCCUUCGGGAAGUCAUUGACACCUAUGGGGGUGUCCACGACAAGGAAGGGCGACGUGCGGAUGGCAAAGUCCUGGUUUUGCCUAGUGACACCGACGCACCUAACAAGGUGAACAUCUGGUUCAUGGUCGGAGAAUGCCCGCAUUUGCCCAGCACUCCUAAUCGAUGCAACUACUUCCUCCGUUUCAGCUCAAAGGUCAGCGGACGACUUACUACUCCAGCCGCCAAAUAUAUCAACGGCGUUCAUGAGAUCGCGAGGAAACACUUUGGCGAUAGGGUUCACUACUGGCACGAGAUGAAUGAGACCGGCGAUGAACGGCAGUGGGGCUAUUAUGACUGGCUGGAGGUGCAAAAAGCGGACAAGGAGCUCGAAGCACUAGGUCCAUAUACGAAGCACGAAGAUGAGCAAGGAUCUCAGCGCAAAGGAGACGACGGUUAG